CUGGUUGGGGGGGGGGUCCCCGCCGUUGCCGUGGCACUUGGCACUUGCUUAGGACUUCGCCCUGUCGGCUGUCCUCAGUCGGUUGAUCCGAAGCUGUCAGUUCGUUUUGUAAACAUUAAAAAGUCCUCAAUAGUGUUUUUCCAAUUUUUUUUUUAAUCUUCUCAGCUUCGGAUGGACUGAUUUAAUGUCAGAUGUAGCGCCAAAGGGAAUCCGUGAAAUUGUCUUUUUCUAACCAUUUUUCUAUUAUUUUGGGUUAAACAGUGAUUUCAACCGGCAUCUGAGAUGUUUAUGAUAAUCGUCGGUCUUGCCUCGUGCAUUAAAAUCCUCCUGAUGGCCUCAUAUAAAUCGACAGAUUUUGAGGUCCACCGUAACUGGUUGGCAAUCACGUACAACUUACCUAUGAAGAAGUGGUACGUUGACAACACUUCCGAAUGGACGUUGGAUUACCCGCCAUUUUUCGCCUGGUUCGAAUACUUUCUGUCACAAUUUGCUGCAUUCGUCAAUCCGAAAAUGUUGGAAUUGACCAACUUAAAUUACAGUUCAACCAGUGCCGUCGUUUUCCAAAGGAUGACAGUAAUAAUAUCAGAUCUAGUAUUAGCUGUUGGGACCAAGAGAUUAUCGACUUAUCUUUCCAAUCAUCCUAAAAAGAAAUGCAGCAAAAAGAAAUCAAAAUGGAGGUCUCCGUCUACUAUAUUUGAAUUACUAGUGCUUGUUAACGUUGGUCUGUUGAUUGUAGACCACAUGCAUUUUCAGUAUAACGGAGUAUUACUUGGAAUUUUAUUAAUCUCUAUCUCAUAUGUCUUAAGUGAUGAACAUCUACUUGGAGCAUUUUGGUUUACAUUUCUGCUCAAUAUGAAGCAUAUAUUUUUAUACAUGGCUCCUGCGUACGGAAUUUAUCUUUUGAAAAAUUACUGUGUUACUUACAAACAAGGAAAGUUUUGUAUUAAAUCGACAGCUGUUCAAUUAAUGAAACUUGGUUCGGUUGUUCUCGGCGUGACGUUCUUGUCCUUUGGUCCGUUUAUUUUAAUGGGGCAAGUUGAAAAGGUUAUAGCGCGUUUGUUUCCAUUCAAAAGAGGACUGUGCCAUGCUUAUUGGGCUCCUAAUUUUUGGGCGUUGUACAAUUUAGUUGAUAAAAUUGCAGCAAUGAUAGGUAAAUUUUUGGGAUAUAAUAUUGAAAUAUCUCAUGGAAAAAUGACAGGAGGUCUAGUUCAAGAAUAUGACCAUUCUGUGUUACCAAGUAUAACUCCGUGGAUUACAAUGGUCUGCACAAUUGUCUCUAUAAUUCCAUGUCUGUGGAAGUUGUGGACUAACCCUGGUAAUCCUCUCCAUUUUGUUCGGAGUUUAAUACUUUGUUCUGGCUGUGCUUUUUUAUUUGGUUGGCAUGUACACGAGAAAGCAAUUUUGAUGGUUAUUAUACCACAAAGUAUAUUAGCAGUGCUUUGGAGAAAGGAAGCAGAAGUUUUCAUUAUGCUUUCGACCGUCGGCCACUACGCUUUACUGCCGCUUAUUUUCACUCCAACCGAGUCGUUCAUUAAAGUCCUCAUGUUCGUCAGCUACAGUUACUUCGUCUUCACCAUUUUGCUCGACCUAUUUCAAGCCGAGUCUUCCAAAUUUACAUUAUCUUUAUUAUCGCCGGUGGAAACGGUGUACAUGUACGGUUUAAUGGCGCUAUUUUUAUACGAACAUUUUCUACACAAAUGGUUAACUCUUAACAAGUAUCCGUUUCUUCCUUUGAUGCUCACGUCUUGUUAUUGUGCAGUGGGAAUUAUUUACAGCAUCGUCCGAUAUUAUCGAACAUUCCUACUUAUGAGUGAUAAUCGAUACAAACAAAAGACGUUUUAAUGUUAACUAGUAAAAUUGUUUUAAUUUACUUUGUUGUGAUUCUGUUUUUAUUGUACCUUUCAAAUCAUUGUGAUUAUUUAUAUUAUAAGUUGCUGGUAGUUUAGUUUUAUUAGUGUUUAGUUUAUGUUACAUGACAUUUUAUGUUUGCAAUAUGGAAGAAAAACACUGGUUUUAUUUACAUAAAACCAAGGAAAUUGAUUAAAUUUAAACAAUCAUUAAGUUUGGAAAUCAAUAAAGAUAAUGUUUUGUGACUUUUUUAAAAUUAGAUUUCCUGUAAUGAAAUUAAGAAGUCAAAAACGUUAAUUAAAUCAAAUUUAUUUCCAGAUGCAAUAAUAUUAUUAUUUUCACUGGUGCUGACCAAUGUCUGAUAUUUUAAACAGUACCAAAGAUUUAACCUAAAUCUAGAUUUUAUUCGUGUUUUGUAGAAAUACAAAGCUUCGUGGAUGGCCGAUGGUUCUUCGGUAUGUUGUUAAAAACUUAUUUGGUACUGAUCGUUUAAUCAUUCUAAUUUGUACCAUUAACCAUAUUCGCUUAAUGCAAUUCAGAAUUUAUGAAUUGUAAUAUUUUUUAUCCUAAUAUUAACCUACAGAUACUACCAUUAAUGGGAAAGUACCUGAAUUUGCUCCUAAUUUUUUAACUGUGUACUAAAGCAGAUUCUAAAUAAAGAGGUAAAUAAAACUA